GCUUCUCUCUAUUCGCCUCUACGUUUCUCAUCUCAGUUCUUCAUUCAGGUUUGCUUUUAAAGAUGCCAGAUGGCACGCUCAUAGGAUGUUAUCGGCUCGUAAGCGGGGAAAAGGCCUGGGUUUAUUUGAUGAUGUGAGCGUAAAGCACUCGUGGCCUUCAGAUCUGAUCAGUCAUUUCCGCAAGAGCACCAGAGAGGAACAAACUCGCUGAAAAACACAGACGAACGUGAUGCAAAUCCUUCACAAGGUGUCAGAGACAUCAAAACCGUAUCGGGAUUUGAAUCGAUCUUCUGGGUUUCUUCUGGAAAGAUAUGAAGAGUUGUAGAAAGAGUGAGGGUGUGGCCUUCAACUGGUGCAAAACUCAGAAAGUGAGAAGAGGAAACGCUGGCACUGAGGUCCGCUGGAGACGUGAAGCUCCGCGGUGCUUUACCUGAGCUUGUGUCGUGCUUCAGCUGACUGAAAAUCAAAUGCAUUUCUCAGCUAUAUUUCAUUUCUCUGGAUAUGAAGCAUCCGUCCCGUCAAGCAGAGACGCACGAUGUAGCUGAUUUAGUGAAUGUCAGCGCAUGAGACUUUCCUUGAAACUCAUCAAAUACUGUGAGAAAUUCUACAGCAGCCGUCAUGUGAGCUUUAACUUCAGUGAUUCACACAAACACCCAUUAAAUCAGCUCUCUCACACACACACACACACACACACACCCACACAAGGCCUGGAUGUUAGAGAGGAGGUGAAGGAAAAGCAAGAUGAGGAGAGGCCGGAAAAAAGGAUGCAAUCGGGACAAAGUGUUCGGAUGCGACCUGCUGGAGCACCUCAACUCCACCGGACAGGACAUUCCUCUAGUGUUACGCAGCUGUAGUGAGUUCAUCGAGAAACAUGGGAUCGUCGACGGGAUCUACAGACUCUCUGGAGUGUCCUCCAACACACAGAAGCUACGGAGUGAGUUCGACAGUGAAGGAUCUCCUGACCUGUAUAAGGACCUGUAUCUGCAGGACAUUCACUGCGUCAGCUCUCUGUGUAAGGCGUAUUUCAGAGAGCUGCCCAAUCCUCUGCUCACAUACGAGCUGUACGACCGCUUCGCCGACGCAGUGGCGGUUCAGCUGGAGGACGAGCGGCUGGUGAAGAUUAAAGAGGUUCUCAAGGAUCUCCCAGCUCUUCAUUACAGGACUCUGGAGUUCUUGAUGCGUCAUCUGGUCAAGAUGUCCACAUUCGCCUCUCAGACCAACAUGCACUCCAGGAACCUGGCCAUCGUCUGGGCCCCCAACCUCCUCAGAUCGAAGGACAUCGAGUCGACCGGUUUUAACGGCACCGCGGCGUUCAUGGAGGUUCGGGUUCAGUCCAUCGUGGUGGAGUUUAUUCUCACUCAUGUGGCCGAGGUUUUCUCAACCGGAUUGUCUGUGGAGCGCAGGAAGUCCCUGCCGUCUCCCUCCAUACUGUCCUGUACGGAAGAGCAUUUCUUCAAGUCUUUACCGUUACACUGUCCAGGAAACCUCAGUCCAGGAGACGGACCUCCGCCCAUGCGGCCGUACCACGCUAUUAUUGACGGCACUGAUAAGAGGAAGGGUUCCCUCAAAGGUAGGAAGUGGAAAUCCAUUUUUAAUUUGGGCGGGAGACUCCACGAUCCACGCAAGAAGAACAAAUACUGCCCUAAAGAUAAAGAAACGAUGGCUCUGAGGCCAGCAAAGAGCAUGGACUCUCUGAGCCCAGGGGCUUAUGCAGCAGACGAUUCCAAACAUCUUCCUCCUCUGGUUGUGUCCACGGCAUCGGGCAGCUCAGAGGGCGUGGCUUCUGUUGGUGGGGGCGUGUCCAGUGGAUACGCGGUGACUUACAGGCGAACGGGUGGAGCUCAGGUCAGCAUGGUGAGUGGAAGAACCUCAGGAACCUUUAACCGUCUGGAGUCUGGGGGCGGAGCCGAGGGCGUGUUGCAGAGCAUGAACAGAUCACCCGGAAUGACCAGCAAAGCAGAACGGCGCGCUGGGAUACACAUAUCAGGGCCAUUUUCUGUGACCGUCCCGCUUCAUAUAACGUCUGGACUGGCUCUGGGUGUCCUGCACGGCGGCUGGAACGAGAGGGAACAAACUCAGCAAGGAGACGAAGCUGAAGACGAGGACCUUAAGAGCACAGAAACAGAGACGGAGUCCACAGAUGGGAAUCAACAGAACAAAAAUGAUGAUGUUCAAGAGAGGGAAAGAGAAACUAAUAGUUAUGUGAAAAGCCAGGAGGAUUGUGGGAAGGAUAUGGCAGAGAUUUCAAAAAAGGAGAGUGCCAUGCCAGAAAACGGAGAUUCAUCGAAUGCCAAAGAAGCAGAAAAAGAACAUCUGAGUCAGAAUCAAGAGUCUGUUAAGGAAAUUGCACAAGAUACACAACCACAAAAUAAAGAUGAAAACACAGAAGAGGAUUACAUGGAGAUGAGAGGAAACCUUCAUCAGGAACCCAUCAGUCCAAACUACUAUGAGGACAUGGAGUUUCCAGAACCAGAUCUGCCACUGGAUUUCCAGGAAGCUUUCGGGUUCCUGGAUUCGAUGGACAGUUGUGCUGGAAACACGGUUGAGUUCUCAGUCGAGGCGCCUUGUUUUGAGAACGAAUAUGAGUAUGAGGAGGAUGAAAAAAAGGACAGUCUGUCGCAAAUCUGCACUAAUGAGCGUCAAACACCUGGAGCCAAAAGCAGCAGCCCAUCCUUCACACACCGGGAUCUUCCUGGAAAAUCACACAGCCUGCCGUAUAAGUCCCGCCCCUUCCUGCCACCACUGUCAUUAUCUUCAGAUGACGAGUAUAGCCCCGCUGAUGAUGAUGAGUCUGAUAAAGGUUCUGAAUAUGAGGAGAUGUUUUGUCAGAGUCUACCAGCCAGUCGGGGUUUUCAGGGACUGUCUUGGUCGAGUUCACAAACCACCGCUGACUUAUCUACUAGCAAUGAUGUAGAUCUACACACUAGUAACCAAUCAAACGCACUUCCUUCAGAGAUCAAUGAUGAUGUGCAAUCCCUCGGCCAAUCAGAAGAGGCGAUUCCUGCUGAUUCUGCAGUGACAGACAGCAGUGAACCUGCUUUUGACCCAUCGCUUUGUGAAGAACAUCUGAGUUCAGCUGUAUUAAAGACACAUGAAGUGUGUAUGGAUGAAAAGAAGAACGACGAGAGAGAGUCAACGGAUGUGGAGAAUGAUAAACUCACACUGAUAGGAGAAGAUGAUCCAGAGAGUGAACCCAGUGAAGAAGACACUUAUUUUGGACCGGACUCGAUUCCUUCUUCACCAGAACCCGACCAAACUGAGACCGACAGCAUCGGUGGUUCUGAGCCCAUCCCAGCACUGUCUCCAGCCGAAGAUGCUCAGCAGGUGCUGGAUGCUGCGGGUUACCAUGGUAACAGUGAGGUACCAAUCAGCGAUGAGCUCACGGAUGCAGACUGCUAUUCGCUGGCUCCUCAAGACCAACCAGAGGAACAAUCACAGAUUAUCAAUGAAACAAAGACUGAAGAGGAUGAGAAGAGAGAGGAAACAGAAGUUCUAGUGGAGUUGGAAAAAUGCAGGGAAAAUCAAGAAGAAGAGUGUGAGAACAACAACAAGACAGAUACAGAUGAAGGAAAGUGUGAAGAUGUUGAAGAAGAUGCAAAACCUGGAUCUCCAGAGGAAUGUACUGAUGGGAACAAAGAACAAAAACAAGCAAACACAACUGAAAGAGAAGAGGAUUUCAUGGAAAAUAGUGGAGAUUGUGAGGAAAAUGGAAACGAUGGACCUGAGGAAGGAGAACAAGAGAAAAACGAUGAUGAAAGACAAGAAGAUUCAAAGGAAAACAGUGGAGAUUGUGAGGAAAAUGCAGAAGAUGGAUCUAAAGAAGGAGCCAAAAGACAAGAUUUAGAGAAAAACAGUGAAGAAGGAGAUGAAGAACCGAAAAGACGAGAAGUUUUGAUGGAGAUUAACAGAGAAUCGGAGAAGGUAGAUGAGGAACAUACAAAAGACCAAAACGAAGCUGAAAGACGAGAAGAUUUAGAGAAAACAAAUGGAGAAUUUGAGGAGAAUGCAAAAGAGGGAGAAAUACACAGAAACGAAGCUGAAACACAGAAAGAUUUAGAGGAAAGCAGUGAAGGAUACUCUGAGGAGGACGUGAACCCAAAAACAGAAAGUCUUUCUCCUGAAGGUGGAGACGAGCCGGGAGAGUCCACACACAUGCAGCGACCAAAUGAGAUUGAACUCCAACAAACAGAAAACAAAGAGACUGAAGAGGAGACGUCUGAUCAGAUCUCAGCAGCGCCUGCCAAACGCUCUCCGCGUAAACCUGCUAAUCCCACCAAAGCGGUUCCCGUAGUCCCUCCCAAACCUCAGACGUCCAAACUCACGGCGUUCUCGCUCAGAAAACAGCUCCAGCACAGACAACACGACGAUAAAGAGGCGCAUGGCGAGACAACCGACCAAGAACACGGAACCGAAACUAAAACGCCGCAGAGAGAAAGCGCAGAGAACUGUAAGACACAGCCGAGGCUGGACUCCGAGGGUCCCGGAGAGAGACGGGAAGCAUGGGACGGAGGAGCGGAUCAAAGGAGAGACGCAGACAAAGAGGCCAAGAGGAACAGCGGCAUCAGUAUGUGCUUCGAUCAAGCUGUGGCUCGAGCCACGGAGAAGAGGAGUCGAGAGAGAGAGAGCACAGAGAGACUGUCCGGAGCGCACUGGGACAGAGAGAGCCGGAAAGACGGGAAAACUGACUCACUUGAUAUCUAAAGAGAAGAGCAGACCUGUAAAACAUAAUGUGCAAAGAAAGUGUUCACAUUUUCUUUCAACAUACUCAUUUUCACACAUCUGGUUGGGUUUGCACAGCAUCUCAGAGCAUUUAUUAUCACAUCAAUAUUCAUGGGUCAAAGACGUUAAGAAAUUUGCAAAAGUCAUUCUACUGUACGUCUCUCGAAAACAUAUUAAAUGUAAGUGUUUCAAAGUUUUUGGAGAGUAAAAUGUCAGAAUUUGGUUGGAACAAUGUUACAAUGUCAUUCAGAGUGUAACACGAUAUGUCUGUAAAAAUGUAAACAACGUGAUCGUUCUGAUGUGUACAUAAUAAAAUAUAUAUAAGAAUAAGGGAGCAUAUUAAAUUUGAUUGUGUUUUAGAAAUUCUUAGUGAAAAGGACUAAACCUAGGAUAAAAAAACGAAUUAGUAUUUGGGGUGAAAGUAAUUAGUCAUAAAUAGAUUUUUGCUGUAAAUAUGCCUGAUGAGGUUGUUACACUGAAUGACAUUUUAGUGGGUGUCUUCUGUAAAUCAGGGAAAAAUGUAUGAUAUUUAUUUUUUUGCUUAGAAAAAGUAAAACAAAAUUGCAAUUAAAUUAAACAGAAAAUGUUUUAAUAUUUUUUGGGGGAGAAAAACAACAAUUUAAAGCAGGAUUACACUUGCUUUUUAUGCUUCAACCCUUUUUUGUCUUUGACCCUCAUGCAAAAUAAAAUAGUUGGUUACUAACCAGCUGCUUUAUAAAUAUUCAUUAACCAGUUGAUCAUUUUCAGCCAAAAUUUUUAGACUUUUUUAAUGUUUUGAUCAUUGUGUCGGAUUAUAUAUCCUAAUGCACUCAAAUGAAUAUAAAAACUCAGGAACAAAUCCAUAAGAGACAGAACACAGCCACUUAAUUAAGACAAUCUGUAUAUGAUGUUUUAUGUAUUUUCAUCUCUGUAUACAUUUUAUUUCAAUAAAUUAGAUUUUUCAUGA